AUGCUCAAUUCUAGAGUUGUUCCGGAGUUUUAUCGUUAUCAGGUUUACAUAUUCAACAAGAUGUCUGGCCAGACCCAGCGUUUGAAUGUCGUCCCAACUGUCACUGUGCUUGGAGUUGUCAAAGCUCGUCUUGUAGGUGCAACCAGAGGCCACGCUCUUCUCAAGAAGAAAAGCGAUGCUCUAACAGUUCAAUUUCGAGCUAUCCUUAAAAAAAUCGUCACAACAAAAGAAUCAAUGGGAACUGUAAUGAAAGCUUCCUCCUUUGCUUUAACUGAAGCCAAAUACGUUGCAGGAGAAAACAUCAAAUUCACUGUUAUUGAAAAUGUCAAAACCGCAACUCUCAGAGUCAAAUCACGCACAGAGAACAUUGCAGGUGUAAAGCUUCCUAAAUUCGACUACUUCACUGAAUCAGAAACAAAAAACGACUUAACUGGUUUAGCAAGAGGUGGGCAACAAGUUCAAGUAUGUAAAACUGCAUAUGUGAAAGCAAUUGAGGUUCUUGUUGAACUUGCAUCCCUUCAAACAUCUUUCUUGACACUCGAUGAAGCAAUCAAAACUACAAACCGUAGGGUCAAUGCUCUUGAGAGUGUGGUCAAACCAAGAUUAGAGAACACCAUAAGUUACAUCAAAGGGGAGCUUGAUGAAUUGGAAAGGGAGGAUUUCUUUAGGUUGAAAAAGAUUCAAGCUUAUAAAAAGAGGGAGAUUGAAAAUAAGAUGAAAGCUGCUGCUCAGUUUCGGGAGUUACAAGCUGCUGAACAUCUUUCUUUAGAACAAGGAAUCUCCAUUAAUGCUGCUCAUGACAUGCUUACUGUUGCCCAGAAAGAUGAGGACAUUAUCUUCUGAAAUGGAGCUAUAUAUUUGGAGUCAGUUUUCACUUUUCAUACAAUGUGGUUACCAUGAACUUAUCUUUCUUUUAUUUGUAUUAUGUUUGUUGUUUUUGCGGAUUUUGUUAAUUUAUCGAUUUUUUAAUCAUGCUAUUGUUUACUUUAU